UACGUGUCUUGGGUGUGGCCAGUAAUCCACCACGCCUAUCUAGUGGAUAUUGAAGUCUGACUCUCCUUCACAAAAGUCUCUGUACUGUACUACUGUAUAUGUACUGUACUGCAGGAUGAACAUCCUUCCUCUGAAAAAGUGGCACGUUCGCCGUAAGGAGAAUGUUGAAAAAGUGCGUCACGACGAGGCUGAGGCCAAAGCUAAAGAGGAAGAGCUCAAGAGUCGAGCAGAGAUUGCUGAGCGAGAGGCUAGACUGGACUUUAUGAAGAAGAGAGCCAGGGAGAGAGACGGGGUCAGUAGUGAUGAGGAGGAUAAAAGCAGCAAUGACAAACCCUCCAGCUCAGCAACUCCUAAGAAUAUCAACUUGUUCUCUGAUCUAGAGCAGGGUGUUGGUGUGCAGCUGACCAAUGUUGAACAUGAUGCCGAGAAGAAGGCUGAACAGGAGAAACUGGAAAAGAAAAUUGGACUGCUCAAUUAUCUAGUGGACAAAGACAAAUCAGAAGACCCUUGGUACGUGCGUAAGAAGAUUACUGAAGAAAGUGCAAAAUCUAAACAGAAGAAAUCAAGCAUGGAUCCAAUGAACCAAAUGAAAGAAUACCUCACAAAGAAACGAAAAGCUGACGAUCUGCAACAAGAACAACUCCGUAAAUCAUCAUCCACAAGUCGUACUACUCUAACCGCUCCUUCAUUAACACUCACAAGCUCUGUUUCAGAGAGAAGUGGUACUUUAAAAUCGAAAGAUAAAAUGUUAGCAGAAGAAUCAAUCCAUCACACUCACAAGCAUAAACAUAAGAAACAUAAGAAGAAAAAUAAACUCAGGGAAGAAAUGAAAGCUGAAAAGAGCUCACAGCUAGAGAAAUUACGACAAGAGAGACGGAAAAGAGAAGAAGUCGAGAGAACUAGAUCAGAAGCCAUGCUCAAGGGUCACUAUGUUGGUGGUGAUACAACUGAAGAGACUGCUUGUAGUGUAGUAGAGAAACCUGGGAGAUACUUUAGUCAGUUUAAUCCACACCUUACUAGACAACGCAGAAGUGAUCAAUAGUAAUGUAUGUAUAAUUACAGUUUGUCACUCAUCUGUGUAGAAUUGUUACACUAUAUAUCGCUUAUAUGUGCUGUAUGCAAUCAUCCACAUGGCUGACAUAUCAUUAUGUAACUCGAUUUUCACCUC